CAACUCUCUCAACGCUCUCAUCACUCCAUUUCCUACCCUACGAUCUCAACUAGCUUCUUUUUUACUACCCCUCAUCAGAAAUGGCUCCGAUUGCUGUUGGUGAUACCUUACCGGACGGUACUCUGGCCUACUUCGACGAGCAAGAUCAGUUGCAACAAGUGUCUGUACACUCUCUCGCUGCCGGUAAAAAGGUGAUCCUUUUUGGUGUUCCCGGUGCUUUCACCCCAACUUGCAGCUUGAAGCAUGUUCCUGGCUAUAUUGAAAAAGCAGAUGAGUUGAAAUCCAAGGGCGUUGACGAAAUUCUCUGCCUAAGUGUUAAUGACCCAUUUGUGAUGAAGGCAUGGGCCAAAACAUAUCCUGAGAACAAGGCCGUUAAGUUCCUUGCUGACGGAUCAGGAAAGUACACCCACGCUUUGGGCCUUGAGCUUGACCUUAGCGAGAAAGGACUUGGAACUCGCUCCAGGAGGUUUGCUCUCUUGGUUGAUGACUUGAAGGUGAAGGCUGCAAAUGUGGAAUCUGGUGGAGAAUUUACUGUCUCCAGUGCUGAUGAUAUAAUCAAGGCUCUUUAAACAUCGAAUUCCUUCUCGCCUGUGAGUCCAAUACUUAGUAGCUUUUGUGAUGUGUACAAGUUACUAUACACCAGUAGCCUUUGAAGAUUUUGUGUGUCUGGAAAAUCUUUUGCUUGAAACUGGGUGUCAUGGUAAUUGAAAUAAUGGAUGUGUUUCUUUCUAUUUACUUUCUUGGUGUUGAAUGAUGAGAAAUAUUGCUGGUGUUAUACUUGUAUCUUGCGUGCAUUUUAUAAAAAAUCAAAUAUCAUUUCAGAACA